AUGGCGGAUGUUUUGAACACGAUGAGUGGCCAACAGGAACUGCUUGUACAAACAAAGUUAGAGAGGCUCCACACACGGCUCCAGCAUAUUGUCAGUCAGCAGCCACUUGACCUGGAUUACCUUGAAUUUGUGUGUUCUCAGGAGGCUGUUCUUUUUAGUGCUGCCUCUAACCAGGUUCUCAUCCCAAAAGCCAUUGUAGAUGCACUCACAGAGCUGCACAAGUUGGUUGUUGAAGAAAGAGAAAAUCAGGUCCUCGUAGUAUCUAUGCAGAUCAUGUACCUGGGUGCAGCGAACAACAAUCGGUCCUCAACAGCACUGCCCUUCUUCCAGCAAUCGGUGGACAGAUAUGGAUUUCCAUCAAGAAUUGAACGACUCUGGAGAGACGUGUGGUGUGCUGUGACCAGCAUAUACUACAGUGUGCUGCAUUCACUAGAGGAGGAUGGUUUGCUUGACCUGUCAAACAUUGCACACCUCUUCAGUUGUCAUUAUGCGUUUCUGCCCAGACUACAAGCUAGUCUUGAUAUCUUCACCAGUGGAUGGGAUAACCACCCACUCAGAACUGAGGGUAACCUAACACCCAAUCAGCUGUGGGAGAUGGGGAACAUUCAGCAUGCCAUGGCAGAACCAGAAAAUGCAGAGGGAUUGUACCUACCACAUUUGGACUGGGAGGACAGUGGUCUGCCUGAUGAGCCAUACCAUGGUGUCACUGUUCCUGAGAUGGGCGAUGUACUGAGUGAUGAGCAAAUGGCAGCACUAAGGGCAGCCAUAAAUCCCCUGGGACACUCCCAAUCACAUGGCUCAGACAUCUACCUAAUUACUGUGCAGUAUGUCCAGCACUUACUAGGCUUACAGUAAAACGUACUCAGCAAAGGACCUGAUUCAAUGCAAUUGUAGCACAAAUACACUCUCACAUUC